ACCUCUCGCUGGGAGAAACUAUACUCCUGCACUUAGUAUACCGACUCACAGAUGGCGUGCUCUACUUCUCAGCACCUAAUCUCGUCCGUAUAUAUAUCCCACCCAUGGCUGCAGAGACCCACCACCCCGCCAUGUUCAUCCCCAAAUCCACCCGUGAAUACCGCAGCCAGGGCGACGAGUACAAGAACUUGAAGCUGCAGGAGUCUCCUCUUACUCCGCCAAAAGCUACAGAAGUCUUGCUCAAGGUUCAUGCCGUCUCGUUGCAGUACCGUGACCUUAUGGUUUCCAAGGGUCGUUAUCCCCACCAAAAGAAAAAUGUCGUCCCUUGCUCCGACAUGGCUGGUGAAAUAAUCGCAGUAGGCCAGGACGUUAAGGACUACAAAGUCGGUGAUCGUGUAUGCCCAAACUUUGCCCUCGACCAUAUCCACGGAGACCCCACAAAAGAGACUCAGGCCACAGGUCUCGGCGGCCCUAUCGAUGGUGUCUUAAAAGAGUACAUCAAUGUACCCGCUCAUUCGCUCGUACGUGUUCCGGAGCACCUAUCAUAUGAAGAAGCUUCGACUUUGCCGUGUGCCGCGUUGACAGCAUACAACGCUCUUAUGGGCCCAGUGCCCCUCAAAGGGGGCGAUUAUGUUCUCGUACUCGGCACUGGGGGUGUCUCAAUUUUUGGUCUCCAGCUAGCGAUUGCUUCCGGAGCUACCGUGAUUGCCACCUCUUCGUCAGACGAGAAGCUCAAGAUAGCUAGCAAACUCGGAGCCAAACACAUCAUCAAUUACAACAAAAAUCCAAACUGGGACGACGAAAUACUCGAAAUUACUGAAGGCAGAGGUGUGGACCACGUUAUCGAGGUUGGCGGUCCUGGGACAAUUGGAAAAUGCGCCAAAGCGACCAAAUACGCCGGAUACAUUAACAUCAUUGGAUUUGUCGCACAGGGCAGUGAAGGUAUCGACAUUCGAAGCGCAAUUGGCAAAGCUCUCAUCUAUCGCGGAAUCCAGAUCGGGUCUGUCAACCAAUUUGAAGAUAUGAACCGCCUCAUCAAGGCUCAUCAGAUCCAUCCUGUCGUUGACAAGGUGUUCUCGUUUGAGCAAGCUAUUGAUGCAUAUGCCUAUCUCGAGUCUCAGAAGCAUGUAGGAAAAAUCGUCAUUAGUGUAUCGAAGACUUGAGUCGGGUGUGUCGGAGGAGAAAGAGACUGUUUUCUGCAUGAAUAUUUAGUCAAUAUAUGGUAAAUGUAUUCUAGUUUGUAUUCUUAAGACUGUCUGAUUUCAAUUAGUCUUGUCAAUCGCAAA